GCGGUGAGUGUGGACGCGAUCCAUCCCAGCCUCUCUGUCUCUCUCUUGUCAUUCUCUCUCUCACUCGUCUCCUCCGUGAAGCGCCCAGGUUGUGCCAGGACUACUACCACUGUAACCACGCCCCAGCUGAACCCUGAAGUGUCCUCCGGUGACCAGGGCGUUCCGAGACACACACACACGCACUCACCUCUGACCUGCGAUGACCUGUUCUUGACCUCGGACAGGUUAUAAUUCAUCAAAUUGGGUCAAGUCCUCGUUUGACCCGUGACAUUGGCUUGAGGAGGGAGGGACUUAUUCUUCUUUGGUGUAAUAAUGAAGGUAUUCCGGAGGUACCCUAAUCUAACCAAACCUGAAAAACCUAACCUAACUGGGGUAUAACGUAGAUGACCUCUGGAAGCUGACCUACGUUUCUUAUAGAAUAAACAAGAAACUACCAAUUAGGGUAUGACUUAACUUGACCUUGACCUCAUUUGGCACGAUGAAGCAACUACCAGACAGGGUAUGUGACCUGACCCUGUAACAUCAGCCACUGUGACCCCACCUAAACAGCGGGCGACCCUUCAGAGAGGCAUGAACUUCACGUGACCUUUGACCUGACGGCCCCAACAUGUGCGAGGUCAACACUUGCUGCUGCCUCUCCCUCCGUCAGGGCUGUGUCCUUAUCGGCGGCAUCACCAUCGUGGUGAGCCUCGUGCAGACGCUGAUCUUCUCGUGGGUGCUGCUGGAGACAUAUCACUCCUUCCAGUCCACCCUCAGCGCCUCCCCCCCAGCCAAUUACAGCUCGGAUUCCUCUUCCUCUUCCUACUCCUUCACCUCCGCCACCUGCCCCAUAGGCUUCCUCCCCGUGGCCGUGAAGCCCUCCCUGGACAACGACACCGACGACUAUGACGAGGACGACCAGGAGGGGGAAGAGGAGGAGGAGGAGGAGGAGGAGGACGACCUGGCGCACACUACGGUAUUAACCAACAUGGUUAACACCAGCAGCGGCCUCACAGCGACGACGUCUCGGCUGACGAUGGAACUAAGAGAGGAGGACGAUGAAGAGGUCGUCUUGUCGUCCAUAUCACCUUCCUCGUCGUCUCUAUCGUCGACUCUAGAAAUCUCCUCACUUAUCGGGGAGGACGGGGAGCCCCUAGUCCUGUUAUCGUCGUCGUCGUCUCCUGCAGCAGAGAGUAAGAACGCCAGCCUGUUCACGUCUUCCCUAUCAAAAGUGACGAUCGCGGUGAACUCCACCACGUCAACAGCAGCAGCAGCAGCCAAGGUGUCGAAAAAGAAGCCCAGAAUUACGUGCGCUGCUCCAGGUCAGGGCGUGUUGUGGGCGUUGGUAUUCGUCUCAGCAUUUUACUCCCUCGUUGGAGGCCUACUGAUAGUGGCUGUCCUCUGGUGUGUGUCGUGGCAGCUCUCCAUCUGGUUCUUCUACACCGUGGGCUAUGACCUCUUCAUGCUCAUAGUGGCCAUGACGGACGGGGUCUACACCAGCUUCUCCGACAUCUCUAGUUACGUUGUCUGCCUCGUCACCACCUACUGCGUUAUCGUCGUCGACUCCUACUACGAGAAGCUACUACACGAUGAGCGACUAGAGAAGACGGGCCAGACGCGUCGUAGGUCGAGUCUGGUGAUCGUGAGGAGCUCCCCGGACUCCCCGACGUCCCAACAGGAGUUCAUCCCCCCACCCAUUUCCUACACCGUCCCCGUCAACCAAAACAACCUAGCUCCUCCAUCCGUGAACCUGAUCCCUCCUCCCCCAGGACGACAGGUGUCUUACCACGUUCCCCCGACAGCUACUUCCCCCACCAGAGAGGCGCCCCAUCAUCACCACCACAACCACCACGCCUACCACAAUCACGUUUAGAUGGUUGGCGGUGGGUGGAUGGUGGUGAUCACAGAAGCUUCGUGUCGUUUAAAAAAGAGGAAAAAAUAGACAGUCGUGAUGUGACAUGAUGUGUUUUUUUCCUCGUGUGGAUAAUAUUUAGGAAGUACUGCACCUUGAACUGCUUAGAACAAGUAGUUGAGUGAGUGAGUGGUACACUACUACCAGACAGUGCGUAGAUGUCUCAUGUUUUAACAACUGAGUCUCAGCAUGUAGCCAUUAUCGAUAUCAAACAAAGGCACUUUAAUUAACUGGAAACUUCGCUCCUUUAUACAGUACUUCUGGUUGUGGCAGCGAGGACAAGCUCGCUCCCUCACCUGACUUUCUUCACAUGCAACAGAGCUUUCACUUUUGGUUUAGUAAGACUUUUAUGUCGCUGGGAACUGACCCACAGCCCGCUGGGUGUACGCCAGUGCUGGGCGACCCACCUGCCUGUCCCCCCGUGUUCACACUCCCCUCAGGUCGCACUGUCUCACGAGCUGUCAUCCCACGGACUCCGGUACCACAAUACCCUGUGGGGCGGAUUAUAACAUCGUCAGGCAGAACAUUAUAUUAUCCGGAUAGAAGAUAGAUAGGGACAAAUUUAUCUGCCGGAGUACAGUGGCGUUAAACGAUGUCUGAUGGAGAACUACAGAAGCUAGCGUCAUCAGAUGGAGUGCGACGUCGAUGGACGGAGUGUGACCUUACGGGUUGGAGCAGGAGGCUUUCAAAAUAUUUGCCCCGGCUGCGAUAGUUCGACACAGUCAUUGCGUCGCUGUUGCUCAUGCCCAAAAAAUAUAAAAAUAAGUGUUUUUUAGAGCGAUUACAGUAGGUGUGUGGCCAGUAGCCUGAGGUUAUGUGUCGUCAACAAGCCAUGUGAGUGUAGCAAGUAGCAAAACACGUGUUUAGUCGUGAAGCAGCCUGGGUAAAUGUUCACUUUAGCUCUGUUACUUUAUUUCCUGCCCCUUGUUUCAUAUUAUCCUCACUGAUAUCUUUGUUUUAAUACAUAGAAAACUAACCUGUGAGGAAAUGGGGAUCAAACGAAGACCCAAACCACCUGAACCAACCAGACGUAACCUAACGAUCCCUCAUUAGUUGUUACCUCAUGUACCUAAAAUCACAAAUGGUCUCCAACCUUAUUACCUCCUCACUCCCUCAUCAGGCUUUCCAUUAUAUACAUUAAAACAAACAUAUCAAUAAAGCUAUCAAAACAGAUCAAGAAAUACAAUGGCGGAGCUAAACUGAACCUUCACCUCAUUGUGUAAGGCGAAUAAGUCGAUCCUGAGGAGUGAUGACCAAAUCUAGCGGGAAUGUUUUGAGUCCCCUGUAGAGUGUGUGUGAGUCGUGAGCUGUUGUGCCUCAUUAAUAAACAAGGAAAUAUGCAAAUUACUUCAGAUUCCUUGUGUACACGCUAUAGAAACCAACAGUAUUAUUAGCAUUAUUAUUAUUAUUAUUAUUAUCAUUAUUAUUAUUAUUAUUAUUAUUAUUAUAUAUUGUACUUUGUUUUCAUUUUCGAAUAACAUGCCCGCGUAUGGUAAAGGAGGGUGCACUUUAGGCGUUGGAAAGUGGGCACUACACACACAGGCAUACAUAGUAUCGUGCCACCAUUCAACUCUGAAAUAAUACCCAUAAAGCUAAUACACUCUAUUCGGUCAUUAAAGAUUAUUAACGUUAAGGUGAUUAGAGGCGAGAUGCAAAUACUAAUCAGAUUUCAAUAAUGAGAGUCAGGUCCUUAAAUAUCGCCAGCUAUCAUCAUUAAGAGUCAGGUCUUUAAAUAUCGCCAGCUAUCAUCAUUAAGAGUCAGGUCUUUAAAUAUCGCCAGCUAUCAUCAUUAAGGGUCAGGUCUUUAAAUAUCGCCAGCUAUCAUCAUUAAGGGUCAGGUCUUUAAAUAUCGCCAGCUAUCAUCAUUAAGAGUCAGGUCUUUAAAUAUCGCCAGCUA